GCCGUUGCGUUUGGAAAAAGCCCCAUUGAAUUUUUGGAAAAAGCUUACGAACAGUACGGGCCCGUGUUCAGUUUCACUAUGGUUGGCAAGACGUUCACCUACUUGCUGGGCAGUGAUGCUGCUGCUCUCCUCUUCAACAGUAAAAACGAAGAUCUGAACGCGGAGGACGUCUACUCUAGGUUGACCACCCCAGUCUUUGGCAAGGGGGUUGCCUAUGAUGUCCCUAAUGCGGUGUUUCUGGAACAAAAGAAGAUGCUCAAAACUGGGCUAAACAUUGCCCAGUUCAAACGACAUGUGUCUCUGAUUGAAGAAGAAACAAAAGAGUAUUUUAAAGCCUGGGGAGAGAGUGGAGAAAAGAACCUGUUUGAAGCCCUUUCAGAACUGAUCAUUUUGACAGCAAGCCAUUGCUUGCAUGGCAAGGAGAUCAGAAGUUUGCUGAAUGAGAAGGUGGCCCAGCUCUACGCCGACCUGGACGGGGGAUUCACUCACGCUGCCUGGCUCCUGCCGGGCUGGCUGCCUCUGCCUAGCUUCAGGCGCCGCGAUCGAGCGCACAGGGAAAUCAAGAAUAUCUUCUACAAGGUCAUCCAGAAACGUCGGAAGUCCGAGGAAAAAGAGGAUGACAUCCUCCAGACUCUCCUUGAUGCCUCUUACAAGGACGGCCGGGCGCUCUCGGACGACGAGGUGGCGGGGAUGCUCAUCGGGCUGCUGCUCGCGGGGCAGCACACCUCCUCCACCACCAGCGCCUGGCUCGGCUUCUUCCUGGCGCGCGACAAGGCCACGCAGGAGCGCUGCUUCGCCGAGCAGAGGGCCGUGUGCGGGGAGCACCUGCCGCCCCUCACCUACGACCAGCUGAAGGAUCUCAGUUUGCUGGAUCGCUGUCUAAAAGAAACUUUAAGGCUGAGACCUCCUAUAAUGACCAUGAUGAGACUGGCCAAAACCCCUCAGACCGUUGCUGGCUAUAACAUCCCUCCUGGCCACCAGGUGUGCGUGUCCCCCACGGUGAACCACAGGCUCAAGGACACCUGGAAAGAUGCCCUUGACUUCAAGCCCGACCGAUACCUCCAAGAGAACCCGGCGGCUGCGGAGAAAUUCGCCUACGUGCCCUUCGGUGCGGGCCGUCAUCGCUGCAUUGGAGAGAACUUUGCUUACGUUCAGAUUAAGACCAUCUGGUCAACUUUGCUUCGUUUAUAUGAAUUUGAUCUCAUCAAUGACUAUUUUCCAACUAUAAAUUACACAACAAUGAUACAUACACCCAAUAACCCAGUGAUCAGAUACAAGAGGAGGUCGCUUUAAGU